CAGUGGGAGACUUAUUUUUGUCUUAGUGAUUCAUAGAUUGUAUUUUGUUCAGUGGCACCUUGUCGAUUGUAGCGAGGAAACUAAGUGAGGAAAUCGGAAAAAUCGUAGAAAUGGCUUCGAAAGUUAUGGUGAAAAUACCUGUCGCUCCAUUCGGCAAGGUGAAUAAAAAGUCGGGAAAUGUAAACAGCGAUUUAGUUGUAACUCGAACUGAAAUUCCAACACGACCUGUCGACGGAUCCAAAGGUCCUGAACAGGCGAGAAUAGCUCAAUUAGAACAAAAUAUUAAAUUUCUACAAGAACAACAUCAGCUCAUGCUUACAGGUCUACACAACGAAAUUGAAAACUUGAAGACUAGAAACAGAGAAUUACAAUUCCAGUUAGUAUUUGUGAAAGGAACUGGUUUGUCAUCACCUAGCUCACCCUCAUCACCCGAAGAUGAUACUAAACAUAAGGUAUACACAAGUCCAAAACCAUUUAACACAACUCCGUUGCAAGUAGAGCUUUUGGAAAAAGAGCUGACAGAAUUAAAGUUACAAACGCAAGAAACCGAUAGCAGGAAUGCAUAUUUGUCGGCUAUAGUUGAUGAACAAAAAAAAAAAUUAGAACGCUAUGAACGUGACAGGGAAAAAGAACGCGAAAGAGCUGUUCAACCAGACCCCGAACUUCUUCGAAAAUUGGACGACGCUGAAGCGAUCAUUCGACGACUGCGCAGAGAAAAUUCUGAUCUAAGAAGAGAACAUGCUGAACAUUGCUCCCAGCGUGAUGGCUCUUAUCCGCAACAAAGAAGUGCAGAAAAUGGAUACACUUCUCCCAGAAAUGGCCAUGGGCAGCAUUCAGGAAGAGGUAAUGGAGGGCGGCAGAGGGGAAAUAGUGGACACUAUAGAGGAAAUUGGUUUCCUCCCUUACAUUCACAGAGUUACUGGCAAAGUGGCAGAAAUCACGAUAGAUCAAUGUCUGGAGAGCAGAGUGGAGGACUUCCUAGCCUCCAAGGUAAUGAAGGUCAUUAUCAAAGCAGAAGAGGCUCCAAUAACAACCAUUACAACAAUGGGGAAAAUCGGAAAUACAGGGGUGGGCAGAAAAAUGGCAAACAGACGUAAUUAGAGUACUAUUAGAUUUCUAAUAGAUGCUUUUAAAGGCUGUCAUAUUUUUUAAUAUUUUAAAAAUAAAUGUUUACUAGAAAAACUUAUCCCAGGUGCAAAAAGUUAUGGUAAUGGUAAAUAUGAAUAAAUAAAUGCAUGUACAUGCAUUUUCAUGGAAUUUCAAAUAAUGAUUUUAAGCUACUUAGUUUUCUUAUGAAUAAAUUUUCUUGUACACUAAAGCCCAGUUGAAAUAGACCAAUAAUAAUAUUAUUU